UGUGCAGAUAUUGACAAUUAUAUUUUCCAGAAGAGAAGACAAAGAUGAAAUAUCUCGACUACAGAUACAUUGUACUUCUUGUGGCAAUGACAAGAGAGGUGAAAACUUCAGACCAGUCUUUUGCAUUGUGCGAGGGUCACAAAGGGUUCAUACGCUGUUUGCAAGGAACGAAAAUUCAGAUUGUGUCUGCCAACUACGGACGAACAGAUUCACAAGUUUGUCCUAAAAAGAACUCUAGUACACAAACCUGUCGAUCAAAAGCGUCAGAACUCAAGGUGAAAUGGAACUGUAAUGGGUAUCAGACAUGUCAUCUUCAUGCUUCUAAUCAAAAUUUUGGAGAUCCAUGUCCCAGGUACUCCAAAUAUCUGGAGAUCAGAUACCGAUGUUUAAAAAGUCCAAAUCUUGAAAAUGGUGAGAAAUCAAUAAUUGCUUUUAAUGCGUACAUCACUAAGAGAUUACAUCUACACAGAAACACCCCUGUAAAUGUUGUUUAUGAUGGUGUUUAUUACAACGUCGGAAGUGCCUACAAUCCUCAUAGUGGAUUCUUUACAGCGCCAUCUGACGGACUCUAUGUGUUUACCUGGACAAGUUUUAUUAAUGUCAGAAAAAUCUUUGAUGCUCAAAUUCUUGUGAAUGGAGUCCAGAAAGGAUACGGAAACUGUAACAAUGAACUCAGUCCGGGUUAUGAAAACUGUGCAAAUACGGUACCCUUGGUUCUGAAAGCUGGAGACAAGGUAAACAUAAGAACAACAAAUGCAAACAACUUAAUAGAAACUUGGUCUAGUUUUAAGGGAUGGAAAGUAAAAUAA